UGCUCUAAAAUACACAUUUAAGUUCUUAUGAAAGGGCAUGUUUAGGUUUGCAUAAUUGAGCAGUUAGACUAGUAUUUUCCAUUCAUCAUAUGGAGGUAGUUGGUUGGUUAUUAGAAGUUGAGUUAUUUGGAAUAAUGUAGGUCUAGAUUCUCUAAUAAUUGAGACCUAAGGAAAGAUUGUAUAUAUAAUGCUGAAUAUGGCAAUGGACAAUGUGAAUCCGGCUUUCCUGCAUUCUUUUACUUGUGUCUUAGGUAAUAAGUAAGCUGAGAAACUUGUUGGUUUUGUAGAGGAUGGAAGGGACUGGAAGUCGCCAGAGAAAAGGUUCCUCCACUGCGCAGAAGCUUAGGCUUGGAGACUGCAAUGUGGAGGCAAAGAAUCAUGUUAGCAACGGCAGCUUCAUGGAUAUUGAGACUCGAUCACGGGCAGUGACACCUACUGGAACAACUAUGGGAGUCAAAACACGGUUGAAAGAGUGUAGUAACGCUCUCACAACAUCAAAAGAGCUUCUCAAAAUCAUCAACAGAAUGUGGGGACAAGAAGACCGCCCAUCUUCAAGCACGUCCCUCGUCUCUGCUCUACACUCCGAGCUCGAAAGAGCUCGCUUACAAGUCAACCAGUUAAUCCACGAGCAUAAUAAACAAGAAAACAACAUCACCUACUUGAUGAAACGUUUUGCCGAAGAGUGGAAAAGCAACGAGCAAGAAGUCGUUGAAGCCGCGAUCGAAUCCGUUGCUGGUGAGCUCGAAGCGGAGAGGAAGCUAAGGAGAAGGUCCGAGAGGUUGAACAAGAAGCUAGGCAAAGAACUUGCUGAAACAAAAGCAGCUCUGAUGAAAGUUAAAGAAGAAGUUGAAAAGGAGAGAGAGAUGUUGCAGUUAGCUGACGCAUUGCGCGAGGAGAGAGUGCAGAUGAAACUCUCUGAGUACAUGAACCACCACGUGGAAGAAGAUGGAGAAGUUGAGGAUGAACACGAAGAAGAUGAUGAUCGUCAUUCCAUAGAACUGAACAUAGACAAGAGCUAUAAAUGGCCUUAUGGGGAAUGUAAAAGCCUUUAUUUACAAAGAAGCAUAUCUGAUUGGGUUGUACAGAGCGGGAAGCUUGAAAAAAGUGGAGAAGGUUACUUGGAUGACAAGCAAGGUUAUAAAACUAACAAGGCUUCUUCAAAAGAUCAUCAUCUCCUCUCUGGUCCAAGACUGAGUAACUUCCGUGGUGGUUCGGUUCCGAAGUCGCGGUUAUCGGAUGCUGCUAAAGGUGAAAACCAGAGUGCUAGAAGAUCAAGAUGGUAAUGAGCUAAAGACAGCAGAGCAUAGAUAAAAUAGAAUGUAAAAAGGCUUUUACAUUUACUAAUGAUCUACCUUUUGACAUGAGUGAUUCUUCAUGUGUAAGUUGACAAACAAAAAGGCUUGAAUCUUUGGACUGAGUAUGAUCCAGUCAUGUACGAGCUUUUUAAUAUUUUACAUAAAAUUGUCUUUCAAUUGGAGAUUCAUAUUGCAUAAACCCCUAAACCCCUUUUGAUCGAAAAAAAGAAAAAAAAAACCUAAACCCUUAAAGAACCCUUCACUUUUGACUGCUGUCUCCUGCAGAAUCUGUCUCAAGAAUAAACACAGUUAACUGACUGGGCUUCAUAUUUGGUCUUAUUUACUUGAUAAUAAUAAAGACCAGAAUAUAGUUGAUCAGGCCUGUUCCGAGAGUUCAAAGGUUAAAAACACUGGCUUAAGACGCAAGGAAGGAUCAUAUAUAAAAUUUAGGUUUGUUGACUUCAGUGACUUGAGCAACUUUCUUUUAUUACCACAGUUUUUGGUGCGAAGAAACUUUCUGAAUAAGUAUACGUAACUUGAGCCCUUGCACAUUUUAGUACUUAACCAGUUCAUAUCACUUGUCAGGCUUAGCUUCAUUUUGCUUCCUACUCUUUGUCUCGGAUCCAACCUCACACAUUCAAUAUUAGAUAGAUGAGUAGAUGUAUGACCGUAUGAAUGGAAGUGGCUGAUAUCGAGUGAGAAUGCUUGAUAAGGAAUAGAAGAAACACGAUUAAUUAACUUAUUUAAAAGAAGUUUUAUAAAAUCACAAUAUAAACACACAAAUAGCAUGCAUUAUAUCAUCAAAUUUAAGUCUCCAAGUACGUGAGGCUUUUGAUUUGAUCCAUAAACAUCAGGUCGAACAUUUGUUCGCUUUCUCCACACUAAAUCAGCGGUCCGGUAUACCUUUGAUUUCAAUCCACACAAUAUAAUUGAUGCGUGACUACAGCUAUUUGUAACAUACGAUACGAAAUCCGAAUAUUGGUUAUUCAUUCAUACUUACUUCGUGGUUAACAUUAAUUGUAAAUCCAGCCAAGCAUGUCAUAGUUUCAGUUGAAUGAAAUUAAUUGUAAGGUUGCUAGCUUUAAUGGUAUUAGUGGUUCGGAAGAUAUACUAUACUAUAAGUGUAGUCUGUUGUUUUGAAUAGAGAAAAUAUAAAUUUGUUAACAGAAUCCUUCUUCCCCAAAUAAAUCAUUAAAUAACUUCACAUGGGAAAUUAACUCAAACUGCAAAUAUUAAUAGCUUGCUUUUGGUGUGAAGCUACGUGAUAUUGUAGUCAUAGUAUUUACUUUGGCAUGGCCAUCUUUUUAUAUUUUACUAGUUUCUUUACGAGAUUUUGUAAUCCUGUGAUUAACAUUAAUACACAUUCAAUUCUCUUCCUGCUUCGAUUAAGACCCUUUACUUGUACGUAGGUGGUCUAUAUAAAGACGAAUACAUAUCUGUUUUCAUUAAAUACAAUCAAAGACUAUUCGUUUUCUCCUGUCAACAAAUACUAUUCGUAAUUCUUCCUUCUUGAUAAAUACUUGUACCAAAUUAAUUUCGGAGAAAAUUAACAAACACAUAAUGAAUGCGAUUCAUAUAUAUAUUAGAAAAUUAUGGUUAUACUUUCGUUUCAUUGCCAUGUAUUCUAAAUAUUCAAAGGCUCAAAGCUAGUUAUUUGAUUUAGGACUGCAAUUCUUAUUAUUUUUAAACAAAGGUAUUAGGACUCCAAGUAUUGUAUCUGCAUAUAUAGUGUUAUACAUUUGUUUGGAAAAUAAAUAUUACAAGCUAUAGUAUAUAAAUACGUAACAUACGAUGUUAUUGUGUUUCCCACCAUAUUUGACAAUUACAUAUUAACAACCUACGAAAAGUUUAACAACAAAAUUGGAUUUGAUUUUAGCACAAUCUCGUAUCGUAAAACUAAGAAUCCACGUAAAUAAAUAGAGUACGUCUAAUCCUCCACAAACAUAGUUCAAAACUGAAAACGUACUUUAAAAAUAAAAAAACCAACUAAAGUUUGUAGAUUAUUGGUUGGUGGAUCUAAUUUCACCACAAAUUUGAUAUUACUUUCAAGUGAAUGAAAAUUUCAUAAAUACCAUAAAUUUAUGAUGAUAAAACUAAAUUAACCCUCUUAAAUCAUUUAUAAAUAUCUUAAAAUUAUUUAUAAAAGUUUAUCAACCCACAAUC